CCACCAGUCUAGGCGUUGCGUGCCCAGACCGCGCCACUCCGGCUGCACCUCGGGCUGCAGCGCACACGGCUUCUGGGCCUUCCCCGCGGGAGCCUCGCCGUUGCCGGUGCUCUCCGCUCGCAGCCGUGUCCAGACCCGAGAGGGGCCCGGCGGGUCCUCGCACUUCUCGCUAGGGCACCAUGCCCAACGACGACGCGUUCAGCAAGCCGUCUGCCCCUUCGGAGGCCCCACACGCCGCCGGGGCACCCCCGCAGGGCAAGGCCGGGGGCUUUGGCAAAGCGGCUGGGGCGCUGCUCGGGAGCAGUGGUGGCGCGAGCGCCGGGGGCAGCGGCGGAGGCGGCGGCUCCUCGGGCUCCGGGGCGUCGGGCAUGGGCUCCGGGAGCAAGAAGUCCCCGCGGCUGCCCAAGUGCGCGCGAUGCAGGAACCACGGCUACGCGUCGCCGCUCAAGGGCCACAAGCGCUUCUGCAUGUGGCGGGACUGCCAGUGCAAGAAGUGCAACCUGAUCGCCGAGAGACAGCGCGUGAUGGCCGCGCAGGUGGCCCUGAGAAGGCAGCAGGCCCAGGAGGAAGAAUUGGGGAUCAGCCACCCCAUCCCGCUGCCCAGCGCUGCUGAGCUGCUUGUCAAGAGAGAGAGCAAUGGCAGCAACCCGUGCCUGAUGACCGAGAGCAGCAGCCCCUCGCAGCCUGCGCCGGCCAGCACCCCCACCACUGCAGCGUCAGAGGGACGCAUGGUCAUCCAGGAUAUUCCUGCUGUCACCAGCAGAGGGCACGUGGAGAACACACCUGACCUGGUGUCUGACUCCACCUACUACAGCAGCUUCUACCAGCCAUCUCUGUUCCCUUACUACAACAAUCUGUACAAUUACCCGCAGUACUCCAUGGCCUUGGCUGCGGAUUCCUCUUCUGGGGACGUGGGAAGCCCCCUUGGCGGGUCCCCCGUGAAGAACAGCCUUCGGAGUCUCCCAGCACCUUAUGUGCCUGGGCAGACAGGAAACCAGUGGCAGGUAAAAAACUCGGAGAACCGCCACGCAGUGAGUUCCCAGUACAGGAUGCAUUCUUACUACCCGCCUCCCUCCUACCUGGGCCAGAGCGUGUCCCAGAUCUUCACUUUCGAGGAUGGCCCCUCUUACUCAGAAGCCAAAGCCAGUGUAUUCUCGCCGCCCAGCAGUCAAGAUUCUGGCUUGGUUUCCCUCUCCAGCAGCUCUCCUAUUAGUAACGAGAGCACAAAGGGAGUGCUUGAAUGUGAGUCUGCCCCCGAGCCCAGCAGCUUCGCCGUCACUCCCGUCAUCGAAGAGGACGAGUAAAUGAUGCCUGGUGCCUUUGGCGGUUUCCUUCACUUGGAAUAGCAGGCUUAUUCCAUUUAGACACGGGGUUUGUUGUUAAUAUUUUGCCUUGACUCAUGUCGACUUAACUGUUGAGAGCGUGUUUGGUUUAUACUCCUUAGAGCUUAGCACAGAGGCUAAAAUACAUUUGGAAUAGUUUAGGAUCCUUGAUACCAUCUGCAAGAACUAAGUGCUUUGUUCAUGGAGUUAAAUAGUAGUAUCCCCCCCCCCCAUUUUUCAUGAUUCUGGUUUACAUGUAGUUUUAAAAAAAUACAAUAAUUCACUAAAGUCAGGGAGUACAUUUGCAUCUAAAUGUGUCAUAAUUAGAUAUUACUUCUGGUUUUAAAAUGAAAUCUUAGGUGCCUUAGAUGUUUCUAUUUUAGUAUUUUAAUAAAACCGCAAAAAUAUAAAUUUAGCCAAGUGCCUGACCAGUGAGAAGAAGAACGCAAACUUAGUGAUUGUUCUAGAAAUCUAUAGGUCAGAGUAAUUGGAAAUACUGUGUGUUUGUGUUGCUGUUGGAAAAGCCAAGCUCUCCUCCAUCCUCCCAACUCAAAAACAUGAUUGAAAUACAGUUGGAAAAAGACAUUAAAGUCCUAAAGAACCACUGCAUUUUCUAUAAAGGGUGUAAUUUCAAAACAAAACAUUUUAAAGUAACCUCAGCGAUACAAAAUUCCUGGGUUUGUUUCUAGAAUAAUAGGAGAGUUUAUCCUACACAUUCUUUCUACUACAGGGGGAAAAAAAUGGAUGCAAUCUAGACUAUUUUGUAACCUUAGGUUGUAAUCUGAUUUGAAAAUAAGUACAUCUUUAAAAGUUACUACGGAUUUCUGAGUUCAUUAUUUUGUUAAAAAUUGCUUGUGGAGUACUUCCUUAUGUAACAGAAGCCAUCCUGAAAUGAAACUAGUCGGAAAAAAAUUCAUUGUUCUGUGUAGUUGCAGCUGUACCUGAAAUAAAAAUGUUAUUGAUGACUGAAUUUCCUUGUGUGUAUAUUUGGUGAGCGGUAUUAAACAGGAAAAAAGAAA